AUGUUGCCUAAGUCUCUCUGCAUUUGUUCCUCGUUGAUAACAUUGGUUCUGAACCAUUGUAGACUUGAAAAAGGAUUUGUCAUAGAGUGGAAAUCUCUAAACAGCCUAAAGUUGAAAUACGCUAAGUUAGAUGAUGAUGAUAUUGUCAACUUACUCUCUGGUUGUCCUGAUUUGGAAACUCUGGAAUCUUCUAAUGUCGAGGGAUUCAGUCGUUUGGAAAUUAUUUCUUCAAAUUUAAAGAGACUUAAGUUCGAAGAGUAUUGGUUUUCAGAUGAUGAAGCUUAUCAUUCUUUGGGAAUUAUUGCCCCGUAUAUUCGGUAUCUGGAGAUCUCUGGAAAUCUGUAUGAUCUAAAGUGUAAGCUAGUAAAUGUAUCCUCUGUGGUCAGUGCUAAGCUUACUUUCCAAAAUUGCUAUACAAAUUUUACUAGAUCUAUUUCUGGUAAGACUUAUCCUGAUACGCAUCAAGUUAUUAGGACACUCGUCCAAGAUUAUCUUCAAAAGUUGAGUUACGCAACUCAGUUAACAAUCGGAACUUGGUUGAUUGAGGUCUUGUUGCAGCUUGAAGGGCUACUGCUUCCAGAAUUGAAAUGCAAAUGUCUAACUCUUGAUUUGCAUAUCACAAGGUUUUCUUCGAAAGGAGUAGCUAUCUUGCUGCAAGCCUCACCUUAUGUGGAGACACUCAACAUAACUAUGGCGACUAUGACCGUAACUUCCUGCAAUUUUAGCUCUUCUUAUUGCACAUUCAUUUUAUGAAUUUUACA